AUGAUUAUUACUGGUGAUGAUAUUGAUGGUAUUUCAGUUUUGAAGACAGAGUUAGCUAGACAGUUUGAAAUGAAAGAUUUGGGUUCUCUACGAUAUUUCUUGGGUAUUGAGGUAGCCUUCUCACCCAGAGGUUAUCUUCUUUCUCAGUCGAAAUAUGUUGCAGAUAUUCUUGAGCGGACAAGACUUACUGAUAAUAAGAUUGUUGAUACUCCAAUUGAGGUUAACGCGAAGUAUUCUUCUUCUGACAGUUUACCUUUGUCAAAUCCUACUUUAUACCGUACUAUUGUUGGGAGCUUGGUAUAUCUCACUAUUACUCGUCCAAAUAUUGCAUAUGCUGUUCAUAUUGUUAGUCAGUUUGUUGCUUCUCCCACUACAGUUCAUUGGGCAGCUGUUCUUCGUAUUUUGCGAUAUCUUCGGGGUACAGUCUUUCAGAGUCUGUUACUUCCAUCCACCUCCUCCUUGGAGCUGCGUGCAUACUCUGAUGCUGAUCAUGGCAGUGAUCCCACAGAUCGCAAGUCUAUUACUGGUUUCUGUAUCUUUUUGGGCGAUUCUCUUAUUUCUUAG